CUAGAACCUCACAUUCGUCCUGCCAUGCUGCAAAGUGGCCCCCUACGCCCAACGGUCCUCCGAAUACCGCGCUUUACAUGUCUCGGCACACGCAGUGAAGGAAGAAACAAGUCAAUCACCGCUGCCAUCGAACGAGGCAGGAGCUCUGGCGACAGAGAGCUCGAAUUUUCAUCGGGAAGAGAUAGGCGAGGAGACCGACGACGCUUCCAAGCUGAAGUAGCUACAGGCCCCGAGAGGCGUGGUUCCAAAAACCUCUUUCAUGGGCAAAAGCGCCUGGACAUAGGCUCGUCACGUUUCGCAGGAGCAGCAAGAGGCUCAUAUCGAGAUGCUACGGGUAGCCCACGCACUACGACGUCGGCCGACGCUGCAGACCACCAAGAACGAUACGAAGAUAGCGCCCGGAGGAGAGGUGCAGCUCGUAUCGAAUCGCUCCCAUAUACCACAGCGGCUUCCGAAUUCAUCUACGGAUACUCGAGCGUUUUAGCUGCCAUCAAGGCAAAUCGACGGAAGCUACACAAACUAUACAUCCAUGCACGAGGUGCUUCACAUGUAGGGCUGACUGCCCUUGUUGCAAGAGCGAAAAAGAAGGUCGAUAUCAGAGAAGUCGGUGACGAAUACCUGCAAGCGUUUGACAAAGCUAGCAGUGGCAGACCCCACAAUGGCUUCAUCCUUGAAGCAUCACCUCUUCCCGUUCCGCCUCUUAUAUCGUUAGUGUCGUCGAAUAUCAACCUGGGGCAGUUCGAAGUUGCACUAGACAGCCAGAGUAGGGAGGACCUGGAGAUCAAUGGCAAACAGACCGAGUUCACGUACAAUUCCGCUGGAUGGAGACACCCUCUGGUCCUCUACGCUGACGGAGUGCUCGACGAGGGGAACCUAGGCGCCAUCGCCCGCUCGGCAUAUUUCCUCGGCGUCGACGCCAUUGUCACUCCUACUCGCCAGAGCGCACCAUGGAGCCAUAUUGCACUCAAAGCCUCCGCCGGCGCAGCUGAAGCCAUACCCAUCUUCAAGGUCAACCAAGGCACGGACUUUCUGGGGCGGAGUGCGCGUGCUGGGUGGAGAAUAUACGCCAGUGAUGCCGUUCCACCUCUGGAGCUGCCGGCUCUUCAAGGCGCAUUGUCCAGCAUUAAACCAAGUCCUCCCUCCACCGAAGUGAUAUAUACAGGAGCUCGGAGCACAAAACGCCUGCCUGUGGAGCAUUGCCCUGUUGAGAGUCAUCCCACGAUCCUGAUGAUGGGCGCGGAAGGAACAGGACUGCGAACGAGUCUGCUGAACUUGGCCCAUUACAAGGUGGGCAUCCGGCAUGGUCGAAAUGUUGAUGAAAUAGGUGUUGACAGUCUCAACGUCAGCGUGGCGGCGUCGUUACUCUGCUACGACAUGCUGCAGAAGCCGAAGCCUCGGGCGCCCGGUAACAUGCUCUUCUAGACGAGGAGCUGCUCCUGUACCCUAUGUACUCUAUGUAAAUACCUCUUGUACGAUAUUUCCAGGACCGGAACGCGGGAACGCGGCAUAUACCCCAGAUAGACCCUGCACAAUAACGGAGCUUCUCCCAUGUCUGCUGUGUAGGCUGGGAUGGGC